GAAGAAAUAUGGACUGCAAAAAGUAUUUGUAUUUUCUUUGUCUCGUUGUCGUGGUUCAUAAUUCUAUGGGCCGUGUGCUAAGCAAUGGAAAUUGCAUUUCUUCUAUGAAUGGAACAGCUGAUGAUGCUCCUUUUAAUAAAACAACUCAGAUUUGUUGCACAAAGUCAGGAAUUCACGAAAAACAUUAUCAAGGACACGAAGUGGAAUGUUGUGGGGAUACAACAUAUAUACCAGAGAUAGAGCUCUGCUGCGAUGAAAAAGUUUAUAACAGACCUGGCACUGAACGGAUAGGCAAUGGAAAUUAUUCUCGUGAUACGAACAGUGAUGAUAAAAAAGCUUCAAAGUCAUCGUUAAACAAGCAAGGCAAUCCAACCUAUCGUGAUGCUGCAUAUAGAAAUAAAAUUAAACAAACGAUAUUGAACAUUAAAUUCAAGAGGCUGAUGCAACAAAAGGGAAGAAACCUCCUUCGAGAUCUUUUGAUCUACAUUGAUUUUGCGAAAGCCAAGAAGUCCUCAAAGAAAACCCUGAAGUUACCUUGACUUGGAAAGGAAAGGAAAAAACUAUUUUU